AUGUCUUCAACACUUUUAAAAAUAGCAAUUAUUGGAGAGGGAGUUAUAGGAGUAAGCACAGCUUUGGCUAUACGUCAAGCAUUGCCUACAGCUGUGGAAAAAGCAUUUGGUAGUAUUGUUUACAAUUUUCGAUGGCUAACUCAACGUGAACUUUCUUUGAUUUGUGCAAAACCGGCAAAAUUUGGUAUUCAUUAUACAGCAUAUGCUGCUGAAGGCCGACGUUUUGUGUCCUAUUUAAAAAACCAACUUGGCAAUACUGUGGAAUACAAAACUCAAAAAAUUGAAUCGAUUAAAGAACUUGCAAAUCAAGACUUUUCAUUAAUUGUAAAUUGUGCUGGUUUAGGAGGUGGAAAAUUAGCUGGGGAUGAUGAAAAUGUUUUCCCAAAUCGUGGAGUUGGAAUUGUUGUGAAAGCUCCGGGACAAUCACAUUUUUGCUAUGAAGAUGCAGAUACUUUUUGUAUUCCAGUUGUUGGUGAUGACCGUGUUUUGUUGGGUACUUUACGUCAAGAUAAUCGUUGGGAUAGAGAAAUUAGUAGAGAAGAUAUAAAUGAUAUUUGGACAAGAGUAACAGAAUUAAAGCCUUCACUUAAACAUUCAGAGGUUGUAAGUGAAUGGUGUGGAUUACGUCCAGAUCGUAAGGGAGGCGUUAGACUGGAACAUAAAUUGCUAGAAGAUGACAAAACAAAUAAACAAAUUCAUGUAAUUCAUAAUUAUGGACAUGGCGCAAAAGGAUUUUUAUUGAGUUGGGGAUGUGCAAGAGAAGUAUUGGAAUUAAUAAAGAAUAAUGGAAUCUGUGAAUAA